AUGAGGGUACACGAAAGCUGUCUUGGCCAGUGGGAGCUGCUUGGCGCGACUUCAGACUCUGACUCCAACUCCGACUCCGAGAUGGCCAUCGACGCGUCCAAGGCCAUGUCGGCACUACGCAUUCAGCCCAGCGCUGAGGACUGGGAGCCCCCGCACUGGAUCCCGAACCCGGUGCCCGAGGACUUUGAUAUCGUGUCGCCGCCAUGGAUCCGCCCGCCGGCGCCGAGACAUGUGUUCACGAACGUGCACGUCGUCGACACGGAGAAGGGCAAGCUGCGGAAACACAUGACAGUCGUGGUCGAGAAGGGCGAGAUUGUGUCCGUUGAGGACGCGAAGGCCGGAGACAAGGGCAUCGACUGCGGAGGACUCUACCUGUGCCCGGGACUGAUCGACUGUGAGUGCCUCUUCAGGUCUGGUUGCUGA